AUGCUGAGGAUCUUAAUCCUGGCUCUCGUUGCUUCCCAAGGUGUUCGUGCUGCAUGGGUGGAGGAUAGAUACGCCAGGCCCAGUGGUGCCCGGCGCCUAUCGCAGGAACUUGCCAACAGAAAGGAAAUCGCACAAGCUCGGAAUGGCGAAGCUGCGAGAGCACUGAAAAACCAGGAACUGCUGCGCCUGGCGGCAGGGGCUCCGAAUGAGACGACCCAGGCCACCGUCGACGACCUCUUGGCAUCCGGCGCGGAUCCCGACGCCUGCUGCUCCAAGUCCGGCGGCUCCGCGCUGCACGAGGCAACGGCUAUGGACAACGACAUUGUCGCGUCGUCGCUGCUGGGUGCAGGCGCGGACGUCGCCCCGAUGGACGUCUACGGCUACACACCCCUCCACACGGCGGCCAUCUCCAAUGCCGUGCGCGUGGCAACGGUUCUCCUGGACGAGGGGGCAGACGUCGACGCUGUGGACAACGUGGGGGCGACGGCGCUGCACCUCGCUUCGGAGUUUGGCAGCGCGGCCGUGGCAGAGGCCAUCAUCGAUGCUGGCGCCAACGUGACGGCGAAAAACGACUUGGGAAAAACGCCCAGAGAUCUCACCUGCGCGAGACUGUGCCCCAGCGGUGCGCACUCGAAGCUGACGGAACUCUUCGCGCAGGCAAACUUGGCGGCACAAAAUCCUCUUGAUAAGGACUUGCUGAAGGUCGCCAUGUCGCCACCAAAUGCAUCCACGACUGAGUUGGUUGAGAGCCUCCUGGACAUGGGCGCCAGCGCCGAUGCCUGUUGCACAGAUUUGGGCGGAUAUGCUCUCCAUGCGACGACCGCAUUUGACAACGAGGCGGCUGCCAGAGCGCUGACAGCAAGUGGGGCUGCCUUGGAGGUGGAAGACUUGCUAGGCAGCAAGCCGCUUCACGCAGCGUGCUCGACAAAUGCCCUGGCCGUAGCCAAGGUGCUGCUCGAGGAGGGUGCGAACGCGGAAGCGCUGGACCACUUUUCUCAAACCCCCUUGCAUGUGGCGGCGUCUUUCGGCCGGUUGGAACAUUGCCAGGCUCUUCUGAUGGUCGGCGCCAACCGCAGCGCGGAGAACGUCAACGGCGAGAGACCUGCUGACGUCAUAUGCGAGGUGCCGUGCCCGGAUGACGUAAGGGACAGCCUGCAGCUUCUUCUCGACGUGCAGGAGGCGAAAGUGCCUACUUCAGAACCCGAGGGAGGAGUCGACGAGGUCGAGGAGCUCAGUGAAGGUGCCGGUCAAGAAAGUCGGCAGAAUCAGACUCCCGGGUUUGGAGAGGAAAGAAGUAAGGAGGAAGCCGUUUUUAACCUGGACCUGCUUAACCUCGCCUCGCGCCCCCCCGCGCCGUCCUCCCGCCGCUUCGCCGCCAAGCUCCUGUCCAAGGGCGCCGACCCGAACGCCUGCUGCCUGGCCGCCGGCGCAUCCGCCCUCCACGCCACCGCCGAGCUCGACAACGACAUCGUCGCCGCGGCUCUUAUCUCCGCGGGCGCGGCAAUCGAUCCCCGCGACGAUCACGGGGACACGCCACUGCACGUGGCCGCGGUGGUGGAUGCCGUGAAAGUGGCCAGGCUGCUGAUCGACGCGGGGGCGGAUCUUGAGGCCGUGGAUGAGGUGGGAGAUUCGCCGCUGCACCACGCGGCGGAGUGGGGAGCCGUGGGAGUUGCGGGGAUGCUGGUGGAGGCGGGGGCGGACGUUUGGGCGGAGAACGGGGAUGGGUACGUGCCGGGAGAGGUGGUCUGCGAGGGGCUGUGCGAGGAGGGUGGACGGGAGGGGUUGGAGGCGCUGCUGUCGCCGAAGGAAGAGGAGGGUAGCAAGCAAAGUCAGAAAAACCAGCAGCAACUCGACGAGAAGCUGCUGGAGAUCUCUGCUGGCAACGACACGGGCUCGGAGAAGGACGCCACGAAGCUCCUGGCCCGGGGCGCCGACCCGGACGCCUGCUGCCUGGGCUUCGGAUCCUCCGCGCUCCACGCCGCCUCCCAGUUCGGCAACACCCCCGUGGCGCGCGUCUUAGUCACCGCGGGGGCAAGCCUCAGCCCGCAGGACGACUUUGGCCAGACGCCGCUGCACGACGCCGCCAUAGCGGGCGCAGACGGUGUGGCUAAAGUACUGAUAGGGGCGGGCGCCGAGGUGGACCCCCGGGACCGCAGCGGGCGCACGCCACUACACCUGGCGGCGGAGUCCGGCAGCGUGGGCGUGGCGGAGGCUCUGCUGUCCGCGGGCGCGGACCCCGGGGCCCGGGACGACGGCGGGAUGACCCCGGCUGAUGUCAUAUGCGAGACGGACUGCGGGGGGGAGGGGGCGACGGAGGCGGCGGAGGCGCUAGGGGAGCUGUUGAGAUGA